AUGAAUGUGUUGCUAGUUGUUCUGCCAGUUUUACUUUUAAUCCCUAUUAUUGCUGGAAAAGUUGUAAUUGCUGAAAACACAGGAACUCUUCCAAAUACCAUUGCCAGCCGCGAGGACCUAGUUACAUUGUCAAAAUAUUACGUCAGCAUUCACAAGCCGUAUAAUGUGAAGAAGUAUGUGCCGUAUAGGCCAACAAACACGACAAAUAUAUUGCAGAUCCCUCCAGCAUUAUUAUUACCGGCAGUGCCAAAGCCCACAACUCAAACGCCCACCAAUGAUUUCGAUUGGGGGAAUGCUGAAGAGGAUAUUGAAGUAAUUAGUGAUAUACCAAAUUAUUCUACAACUGAACAAUCCACGAGCACCACGGAAAUUCCCGAGAUGUCCACAUCAUUGCUAGCUAUAAUUGGAACAACGCCAGGCUUCGAAGCAACCACAUCUUAUUACUAUAUCAAUACCGAAGAUACGAGCCCCGAAGAGGACUAUUCAAAUAGCUCGAUAACAGAGCCAACGGCUGAAGCUACCAUUACAACAAGCUCACUAGCACCUGAGUCUGAAUCAAUAACCGAAACAAGCUCUACAUCCUUCAUGGAUACGACCGCUGAAAAUGAUUUUACUACAGAACCAACAUCAACCCAGCCAGAAGCGACAACCGAAAUGGAAAACCUAAAAAGUCUAUUUCAUCAGUUGACCACAGAAACAACACCAACGAUUGAUGUCACCACCAAUAUAAACUGGGCGUUGCCAACAACAUUGUCCCAGUCAACAACCGAUGUUUCCAUUUCCACAACUCAAGAACCGCAAACAUCAACAUACUACGAAUUUAGCUAUAUCCACAACUGA